AUGGCUCCGGGAUUGGUUUCACCCCAGCCCGCGGUUUCAAAUGGCGCGUUGCGAUCUUUGGACGAAGUCACGGCUGAAUAUGACGAUACGUUGCGGUUCUAUCUCAAUGGCACCAAGGUCGUACUGGAUACAGCAGAUCCGGAGGUCACUCUCUUAGAGUAUCUGAGAGGAAUUGGUCUUACAGGCACAAAGCUUGGCUGUGCUGAGGGAGGUUGCGGUGCUUGUACUGUUGUAGUCUCGCAGUAUAAUCCCACGACGAAGAGUAUCUAUCACGCAUCCGUGAAUGCGUGCCUCGCGCCGCUCGUUAGUGUGGACGGCAAACAUGUAGUAACCGUAGAAGGCAUAGGGAAUGUGAAGAGGCCACAUCCAGCACAAGAGAGGAUAGCAAAAGGUAAUGGCAGUCAGUGUGGUUUCUGCACUCCAGGAAUCGUCAUGAGCCUAUAUGCUCUCCUCCGCAACAACGAGUCGCCGUCUGAACACGAGGUCGAGGAAGCCUUCGAUGGCAACCUAUGCCGAUGCACAGGGUACAGACCUAUUCUAGAUGCUGCGCAAAGCUUUAGCGUCAAGACAGGGUGUGGAAAGGCUAAGACCAACGGAGGAAGUGGAUGCUGCAUGGAGAAGAACGGUGCGAACGGAGGAUGUUGCAAGAGCAACGGAGGAGAUGGUCAUUCUCAACCGAUCAAGAAAUUCACACCUCCAGGAUUCAUAGAAUACAGGCCGGAUACAGAACUGAUCUUUCCACCACAGCUACGGAAGCACGUACACAAGCCUCUAGCAUUUGGCAACAAGCGGAAGAAGUGGUACAGACCAGUAACGGUGCAGCAGCUCCUGGAGAUCAAAAACGUAUAUCCAUCAGCCAAGAUAAUAGGAGGAAGCACGGAGACGCAGAUCGAAGUCAAGUUCAAGGCACAGAACUACAGCGCGUCGGUCUUCGUUGGCGACAUUCCCGAACUGCGACAGUUCUCUUUCCAUGACGACUAUAUCGAGAUUGGCGGAAAUGUGGUACUCACUGACCUGGAAGAUAUCUGUAGGAAGGCGCUUGGUCAUUACGGCGAAGCGAAAGGGCAGCCUUUCGCAGCUAUCCUGAAGCAGAUCCGGUAUUUCGCCGGCCGCCAGAUUAGGAACGUAGGAACGCCGGCUGGAAACCUGGCAACAGCGAGUCCAAUCUCCGAUCUGAACCCUGUUUUUGUCGCAAGCAAUGCGAUGUUGGUUGCACAGACAUUGAAUGAGACGACGGAGAUCCCAAUGUCCACGUUCUUCAAGGGCUACCGCGCAACAGCCCUUCCACCGGACGGCAUAAUCGCAAGCCUGAAGAUACCGAUUGCUAAGGAAAAGGGCGAGUUCAUGCGCGCAUACAAGCAAUCAAAGAGGAAAGAUGAUGAUAUUGCCAUUGUUAAUGCUGCAUUACGUUUGUCGCUAGGUGACGAUGAAGUUGUGCAGAGCGUUGAUCUGGUGUACGGCGGUAUGGCGCCUACCACGAUCCCUGCGAAAAAGGCUAUGGCCUUCCUUCAAGGCAAGAAACUCACAGACCUUAAGACUUUGGAGGGCGUCAUGGGAGCUCUUGAGAACGAUUUCGAUCUACGCUUUGGUGUUCCUGGGGGUAUGGCUACGUACAGAAAGACCCUUGCCCUAGGCUUUUUCUAUAAGUUCUACCACGAAGUGCUAGCUGAACUUCGCGCGGAAGCUACCGAUAUCGACACUCAAGCCGUUGGCGAGAUCGAACGAGAUAUCAGCUCAGGCGAGAAAGACCAUAAAGCCGCGGAAGCGUACGAGCAGAAUAUCCUAGGCUCGGAGACACCACACGUGGCUGCGAUGAAGCAGUGCACAGGCGAGGCCCAAUAUACGGACGAUCUUCCUGUGCAGAAGAACGAGUUGUACGGUUGUCUCGUUCUUUCGACGAGAGCACAUGCCAAGCUGGUCAAUGUUGAUCCGGAACCAGCCCUCGAUCUCCCAGGUGUGGCUGGCUGGGUUGACCACAAUGAUGUCGCAACUCCUGAGGCGAACUGGUGGGGGGCACCGGCUUGCGAUGAAACUUUCUUCGCGAUCGACGAAGUCUUCACGGCGGGCCAGCCUAUUGGUAUGGUCCUUGCCGACACGGCGAAGCGCGCAGAACAUGCGGCGAGAGCUGUGUUGGUGGAGUAUGAAGAUCUACCAGCGAUAUUUACGAUCGAGGAGGCGAUCGAGAAGGAGAGUUUCUUCAAUCACUUCCGGUAUAUCAAGAAGGGCGAUACUGAAAAGGCGUUCGUGGAGGCGGACCAUGUCUUCACUGGUAUAGCAAGAAUGGGAGGCCAAGAACAUUUUUAUCUCGAAACGAAUGCCUGUCUUGUUGUGCCUAAGCCUGAGGACGGCGAGAUGGAAGUCUUCAGCAGCACGCAGAACCCUGCCGAAACUCAAGCUUACGUAGCGAAAGUGUGCGGAGUCGCAGCGAACAAGAUCGUCACUCGUGUCAAACGAAUGGGUGGUGGCUUUGGUGGAAAGGAGACGAGAUCCGUCCAGCUUGCAGGUAUCGUCGCAUGUGCUGCCAACAAGACACGACGACCAGUCCGAUGCAUGCUCAAUCGAGAUGAGGAUAUCCUAACCUCGGGACAACGCCACCCUUUCCUUGGACGAUGGAAGGUUGCCGUCAACAACGAUGGAAAGAUCCAAGCACUUGACGCGGAUGUUUUCUGCAACGGUGGUUGGAGUCAGGACUUAUCCGGGGCGGUCGUCGAGCGAUCUCUUUCGCAUAUCGACAAUUGUUACUCCAUUCCAAACAUCCACGUACGCGGGCGCGUAGCUAAGACGAACACUGUGUCCAAUACCGCUUUCAGAGGAUUUGGUGGACCCCAGGGCAUGUUCAUCGCAGAAUCGUACAUGGAAGAAAUAGCCGAUCAGCUGCAAAUGCCAGUUGAGAAGCUCCGAGAAGUAAACUUGUACUCGCCGGAUACCAACAUGAUCACACAUUUUAAUCAAGAGAUCAAGGAUUGGUAUGUGCCACUGAUGUACAAGCAGGUUCAGGAGUCAAUGGAUUACGCCGAACGCCGCACCGCGAUCGAACAGUACAACAAGACGCACAAGUGGAACAAGCGCGGCCUCGCCCUCAUCCCCACAAAGUUCGGCAUCUCAUUCACAGCCCUCUUCUUGAACCAAGCUGGCGCUCUCGUACACAUCUACCAUGACGGCUCCAUCCUCGUCGCUCACGGAGGCACCGAAAUGGGUCAAGGGCUCAAUACGAAAAUGAUCAUGAUUGCAGCCGAAGCCCUCGGUGUCCCACUUUCGUCCGUAUUCGUAUCCGAAACCGCCACAAAUACCGUCGCUAAUACCUCCUCGACCGCCGCAUCCGCAUCCUCCGAUCUCAACGGUUAUGCCAUCUUCAAUGCCUGCCAGCAGCUUAACGAGCGUCUACAGCCCAUCCGAGAGAAACUCGGCCCCGAUGCCACCAUGAAAGAAAUCGCGCACGCUGCUUACUUUGACCGUAUCAACCUCUCUGCUCAAGGCUUCUACAAGACCCCUGAUAUUGGAUACGUAUGGGGCGAGAAUACAGGCCAGAUGUUCUUCUACUUCACGCAGGGCGUCGCAGCCGCGGAAGUGGAGAUUGACACUUUGACGGGUGACUGGACGUGUCGCCGAGCAGACAUCAAAAUGGACGUUGGCCGGAGUAUCAAUCCCGCGAUUGAUUACGGGCAGAUUGAGGGCGCAUUCGUGCAGGGACAAGGCUUGUUUACAACGGAGGAGAGCUUGUGGCAAAGAAGCACCGGAGGGAUCUUCACGAAAGGACCUGGCGCGUACAAGAUUCCUGGGUUUAGGGACAUUCCGCAAGUUUUUAAUGUGAGCUUAUUGAAGGAUGUGAAUUGGGAGAAUUUGAGGACUAUUCAGAGGAGUAGGGGUGUCGGCGAACCCCCACUCUUCAUGGGCAGCGCCGUAUUCUUCGCCAUCAGAGAUGCGCUUAAGGCUGCUAGAGUAGAAUUUGGUGAGACGAGUCUACUGAGCUUGCAGAGUCCUGCGACGCCGGAGAGGAUUAGGAUAUCUUGCGCGGAUCCGAUAUUGAAGCGCGCUUGGGUGGAGCCGGGGGAGGGAGAGAAGAGUUUCUUUGUUAGCAUUUGA